AUGUCCAUUUUUUUCAAAACACCAUUGGAAAUAGAAAUCAGGUUGGAGAAUGAAGAAAGUCGGAAACAUGCGGAGAUCAAGAACCCGCAUGGCCGAAUUGACAAGCUACCUAUUUACAUGGACGGUGAAUCUGUAAAGGGAGUUGUCACCUUGUUUACAAAAGAAGGUAAGAGGGUGGAACACCAAGGGGUAAAGGUACAACUUUUGGGGGCAAUAGAGACCAACAACGACGGGUUAUCAUCUUCAAACUUUCUAUCACUAGCAACCGAAUUGGCUGCGCCGGGCCAACUAGUACAUUCCGAGUCAUACCCCUUUGAGUUUAGAAACGUUGAAAAACAAUACGAGAGUUACCGGGGUAAAAAUGCUCGAUUGAGAUAUUAUGUGAAGGUUACAGUUUUGAGAAAGUCAAAUGCUGAAAUCAAUAGGGAAAAAGAGCUCUGGGUUUAUCAGUAUACGAAUAAUUCCUCUCGUGAGGAGGUGAUUAAACAAGACACCGUUCGCAGCUCGAUGCAAGCAGCACCAAAACAAAAGGACACCACUAAUGGCGUUAAGAUGGAUGUGGGAAUAGAGGAUUGCUUACAUAUUGAAUUUGAAUACUCGAAAUCUCGUUUCUCUUUGAAGGAUGUAAUUAUUGGGAGAAUCUAUUUUUUGCUCGUACGGUUAAAAAUAAAACAUAUGGAAUUAUCAUUGAUAAGAAGAGAGACUGUUGGUUCUAGUCCAAAACAAAUAACCGAUAGUGAAACGGUAGUUCGGUUUGAGAUUAUGGAUGGUGCGCCAGUUAAAGGAGAAACAAUUCCAAUCCGACUCUUUUUGAGUGGGUUUGAUCUCACACCAACUUAUAAAGAUGUGAACAAGAAGUUUUCGGUUAGAACGUAUCUUUCCUUAGUCUUGAUAGAUGAGGAUGCAAGGAGAUAUUUCAAACAGAGCGAAAUAUAUCUCUACCGUGAUGCUUAG